CAUUAUGGCGGAGAUGUACACUACUUUCUUGCGUUGUAUCUGUUCUUUUCUACACAAAUCUAUGACUGUGUAGGAUUGUUAUUCGCAUUAUUAUUUUUUGAGAAUAAAUCACAUGGAGGAGCCAAAGCCACUAACAUCGAGGAAAAGAAAACGACAUGAUUGGUGGGCCAAACAUAGACCUAAGGAAGGAAAAGUUCUGAAGAAAUCUGACAAAACAGAUAAGCCAGUUAAGACCCCAGAGAAAAAGAAUCAAACUUCUGAAGCAACUGGAGAAGAAAAUGAACAAGCUAUUGAUAAACUUGAUAGUAAAGACAAGAACAAAAGAUACAUACUUUUUAUUGGAAACCUUCCCUUCUCAGUGAAAGAGGAACAAGUUAAGAAUCAUUUUAGAUGCACAGAUAACAUUACAGAAUUUCGACUCAUGACCAAGAAGAGUGGAGAGUCAAAGGGAUGUGGAUUUAUUGAAUUUGGUGACAAGGCUAGUUACUGGAAAGCACUGAAUUUACAUCACAGUGUUCUAGCUGGAAGAAAGAUAAAUGUAGAGGUAACAUGUGGAGGUGGAGGUAAAGGAGAAAAUAGAGUGAAAAAACUGCAACAACGUAAAUUAAAGUUUCAGCAAGGAAGGAAAAGAAGGUCAACAACUUCUACAAAAGUCAAAUCAAAACAGAAGGAUGAUACAAGCUGUAAUACAGGUCAAGUUGAGUUGUUUGUGGCUGUGAGAUUGUUUGAUUGGCAUCGGGAAAGUAUCGGUAAUCGACUUAUCGCGUCUGUUUGUCAUAACAACACCUGUGAGGCGUCACGUGACCGGCAAUGCGAUAACAAGAAAAUGGCGUCAGAGGAGAGUUUGCUUUUCUGUGUUCCUGAAUUUUCUUCCCAAGUUUUCUCAGGGCUACACAGCCUUAGAAAAGAUGGGAAGCUCUGCGACAUUCAACUUGGUGUAGGUGAUUUCCAUUUGAAGUCUCAUCGUGUGGUUUUAGCCGCUGCGAGUAGCUAUUUUAAUGCCAUGUUUACUGGAGACAUGAAAGAAAGUCGUCAAGAUGAAGUCAUCUUGUUCGGCGUGGAAUUUUCAGCUUUAGAGGAUCUGGUGAAUUUCUGCUACACAGGAAGGAUUGAAAUCAACGUAGAUAAUGUGCAGAAUUUACUAUGUGCCUCCAACCUGCUGCAGUUGGCGAGUGUAAAGCAAGCGUGCGUUGAGUUUCUCCACCGCGUUCUUCAUCCGACAAAUUGCCUCGGUAUCCGGUCUUUCGCUGAUACAUAUUCUUGCAUAGAUCUCGUCAAAGCAGCUGAUGUUUUUGCUGUGAAAAACUUCUCUGAGGUUGCAAGGAGUGAAGAAUUCUUGAGCUUGGCCCCCGAGGCGGUGGUGGAGAUGAUCUCGCGGGAAGAAUUAAAUGUCCGCACAGAAGAAGAAGUUUUUGAAGCAAUUUCAGCUUGGGUGAGAAGAGAAGAAGACGAGCGCAAAGAUUUCCUUCCAGAAUUACUCAAGAACGUGAGACUGCCUUUGAUUAGCCCGCAGUAUCUAUGCGACAAAGUCUCCAGCGACGAGCUGAUAAAGAGUAAUUUAGCAUGCCGUGACUUGGUAGACGAAGCUAAGGACUACCUCCUCAUGCCUGAGAGGAGAUGUAAGCUUCAGUCGAUCCGCACGAAACCAAGGCGAUGCAGUGAAGCUGCAUGUCUGAUUUAUGCUAUUGGCGGCCUGACUUCCUCUGGGGAGGCUCUUAGCACCGUGGAAACGUACGAUACUUUGACCGGACAAUGGUUGCCUGGCUUACCUAUGAGCACGUUGCGUACCCGUGUUGGAGUAGCUGUCCUUGAUAAAAAGCUGUAUGCCCUUGGUGGAUUUGAUGGCCACAAGCGACUGAGCACAGUGGAAUGUUUUGAUCCACAGUUUCAAACAUGGAAGGCAGUUGCUCCCAUGAAUACACGUCGCAGUGCUCUUGGUGCAGUGGUAGUAAGUGGAGGGAUUUAUGUUGUAGGUGGGUAUGAUGGCCACAUCUCACUGAGCACAGUAGAGUGCUAUUCUCCUGCAGUCAACAGCUGGAAGUUUGUAGCCCCAAUGGGGACACUCCGCAGUGCUGCUGGUGUCACAGAGUUGAACGGAAAGAUUUUUGCCAUUGGUGGACACAAUGGCUUAUCAAUAUUUAACACUGUGGAAGUGUACAACCCACAAACCAACACAUGGGUGCAGAGUCCGCCAAUGAGUGUUCGUAGAUGUAGAGUUGGUGUUGCCACUUUAAAUGGCCGCAUCUAUGUGUGUGGAGGGUAUGACGGCAGUUGCUUUCUCAACACUGUUGAGUGUUUUGACCCUGAGACUGGGCAAUGGACCUUUGUAGCCCCCAUGAAUACUCGCCGCAGUAGGGUAGCUGUGGUGACUCUAGGAGGAAGGUUGUAUGCGAUUGGAGGCUACGAUGGCUUGUCAAACCUUAAUACUGUGGAGUGCUUCGAUGUACUGAGCAAUAGAUGGACCCCUGUGGCAUCCAUGGGCAUGCACCAAGGAGGUGUUGGAGUGGGAGUGCUUCCUAGAGGACCAUUUUCUUAGGAGAUGGUGCAAAAAAAAUUCCUUUUUUAAAAGAGAGAAUUGCACCUUAAAGAACAAAUCUCUUGGCAGAUUGGUAGUCAACAUUCCUUUCAGAAGAAAUCAGUAAAUUCAUUGGAAUAACUUUAAAAGUUAUUAUUUGCCAUGCAAAGGGGAUUUAAAGGUUAAAUAUCAUUUAACACAUCAUGUACUCAAUUAUAAUUAUAUUGCUUCACUUUUUGAAAGUGAAAUAAGAUUCCCUUGGUAAGUUUGUUAUGAGCCUGAGUAUUUUCAUCUAAUCUAAAACCGCAGGUAAUUUCACAAUUCAUUACAGGUACUCCAAUUAAAUAAAAUCAUUAUUUAUUUUUGGCUAGGACUUGCUUUGGAAGCUUCCACUAUGUCAUGAUGGAGUUUAAUAAAAAUUUAAGUAUAAAAAUCUUUUUGUUCUUUAUGAAGUUGAAUUGAAUUCGUCAUCAGUAUAUAUGAAUAAGAUUGUUAAUCAUCCCAGUUUACACAGAGGAUUGGUUGGUUAGCAAUAAAAUUUAAUUUUGUCACAACAAUUUUUAAUUAGUUUUUAUGAAUACUUUGUUAGGUGGCCUUGAACUGAAAAAUAAAUUUAGUGGGAUCAUUAGAAAAGAUGACAGUGAACUAAAAAGGAUACUGGAGCAAUAAGAAAGGAUAGUACUGAGGUCAAAUAAAUAUUUGUGUAAAAUCCAGAAACUGAAAUAUAUUUAUUCAGUCAUUUAUAAUUCACAAGAUUUACGUAUAAUUUAUGCUAAUUAUUCAUAGUUUGUUAGGUAUGUAGUUUGAAGUUAUGCCAAAAAUACCAGUUAUUUCCAAGUUGGUGCAAGAAAUUUGUGUAUUUAUUACAAUUUUCACCAGGAAAGCUUGUUUAAUUUAAAGGGCCAUUUUCAUUAAUCAGCAGCUUACCUUUCUUAUUCUACUUUGGAAGAAAGAGACUAUGAACAAUAAAAUUAAAAAUGGAUCUAUAUUUAACUUGCUUUAAAAGGACAACCAUUCUGAACAUGCUUUGCAGGCUGGUAUGCUCCAAGAAAUAUAUUCAACUGUAUCAUUCAAUAUGCAAGGAUAAAAGUUUGUUAAAUCAUGACAAUGUUGAACUUGCAUACACGUCUUUGAGGAGAUGCAUAGUAACCAAAUUUUGCACUUAAUGUCAGGAUGUUCUUGAAAUACAUUGAGUAUGAAUUGAGAACAUCUUUUUUCUUAUGGCAAAGUUCAAAUGGUUUAUAAUUAAUAUCUAAAUGUAUUUUCACUUGAAUAAACCAAUAUU